AUGAUUGAAGAUAUUAAUUACAUAUGGGGCUCGAAAAAUGAGGGAAGUGUUGGUGAGAAUGAUGGUGAUAGAGUUUGUUGGAAGAAGAAAUCAAAAUUCUUUGAUCUUAAGUGUUGGAAAUACCUUCAUGUGAGGCAUGUCCUAGAUGUUAUGCAUAUUGAGAAGAAUGUUUGCAAUAGUAUCAUUGGUACAUUGCUGGAGAUCCCUGAAAAAAAUAAAGAUGAGAUUGCUGCUCGGUUAGAUUUAUUGAACAUGGGGGUCAAAACUACAAAGACGUACUCACUUGCCUCCAGGGCCUUGGAAUUUGUCAAGAGCAGAGAAGAGAACGAUUCAAGACUUCUUGGACUUAAAUCUCAUGAUAGUCAUACCUUGAUGCAACAAUUGCUCCUUGUGGCAAUUUGUUCUAUUUUGGAGAAGCCUACAAGGUAUAUGAAAAUGCUAAAAGGGUAUGUUCAGAACUGUAAUCGUUCAAAAGGUUGCAUUGCUGAGCAGUAUAUAGCUGAAGCAGCUGUAGAGUUUUGCAUCGAGCAUUUAUCUGAUGUUAGUACAGUUGGAGUGCCUUCAAGCCAGAAGAUGGGAGUUUCAAAGCCAUAUCAGGUUGCACAGUAA